CCAUGGACAAUCAUCUCUUCUAAUUUUAGGCCCUUGCCCUGUCUUCCCCGUGCUCCACCGCCGCCCUCGCGAAACCCCUAAGCCGCCCUCCGCUCGCGCCGCCCGGCCGCCACCGCACACCUCGUCGCGGCCAUACUCCUCCCACCUCCCCGAUCUCGCGCCGCGACUUUGCUCCAGCCGCCGGAGGGCUAAGCAACGGGCCCUAACUCAGCUCCCCCAGCCGCUCCCAGUCCCGUGCUCUGCCCUACCUUGCUCCAGCCGCCGGAGUGCCGCAGGACAGGGAGAUGAGGGCACCGCUCCGCCGCCUCCCCUCCUUGCUCGUCCGCGGCCUCCGUCGCCAUCUUCCUCCCCGCCCGAAUCUUCUUCCUCGCCGGCGGCCACAGUGCCCAUCUUCCGCUCUUCCCGGAGCUUCUUUCUCGUCGGCGGCCCCCUUCCCAUCUCCCCCCUUGCCUGCAUCUUCUUCCUCGCCAGCGGCCACCGUUGCCGUCCCCCUCCGCGCCCGUAUCGCGGCCGUAUUUGCCAAGCAUCCCUGCCGCAUCCCGAAUUCUUUCGUUUCUUGUAUUAAAUCACAGAACAAGAGAUACUCAGGGAUACGCGUAUCCCCACGCGUCCUGGCGCAUCCCCCUGUCGUGUGCGCGCCGCGCAGGGGCAUCGCGUCGCUUUCGAGUUUGGUGGGUGACUGCUCUACUUCUGGCUGCGCCCCCCAGAGCAUUGAAGAUGACCGCGACAACGACGACGAUCUUGAUUCCGAGAAUUGGGAUGGCAACAAUGAUGCUGCUGGUGGGAGUGAGCCCAACUCUGAUCGUUCUGAUGAUGAGGCUACGGGCAGCUUCUUUGAUUCCUUUGGACAGAGAAAGAAAGUGAGACUCAUGGAAGAGAGCAAUAAGAAGAGGAAGCGAUAUGGAGGUGAAGCACAAGGAAAUCAACCUCCUUUUGAUGGUAGCCAGGACGACCCAAUGCCUCUUCCAAAUCCAAUGGUCGGGUUUAAUCUGCCUAGUGACAGGCUACGGUCAGUUAAGAGAAGGCUUACGAAGCAAGCUACUGGACACCCCUUCUUUUAUUAUGAGAAUGUGGCCUUAGCCCCUAGAGGCGUAUGGAGAACUAUUUCAAGAACCUUAUAUGACAUCGAACCAGAAUUUGUGGAUUCUAAGUACCUUUGUGCAGCUGCCAGAAAACGAGGUUAUAUACACAAUCUACCAAUUGAUAACAGGUCACCUCUCCUUCCCCUCCCCCCAAAGAAUAUAUUUGAGGCGUUCCCUGAUUAUGAGAAGUGGUGGCCUUACUGGGACCCAAGAAGGCAGCUAAACUGCCUGCUGACGAGUGUGGCAAGUGCAAAGCUGACAGAACGCAUCGAGUAUGCUCUUGCAAGCUCAGGCAGUCUACCAUCUCCAAGUGUUCAGAAGUAUGUCACGGAUGAAUGCAGGAAAUGGAAUCUUGUGUGGAUUGGAAAGAACAAGGUUGCGCCUUUGGAGCCUCAUGAGAUGGAGUAUCUACUUGGUUUCCCAAGAGACCACACGAGAGGAGUAUGCAAGAUGGAGAGGUACAAAGCUCUUGGCAACUCAUUUCAAGUGGAUACAGUUGCUUAUCACUUGUCAGUGUUGAGAGACAUGUUUCCUGAUGGUAUAAAUGUGCUGUCUUUAUUCACUGGUAUUGGAGGAGGAGAAGUAGCUCUGCACAAGCUUGGGGUCCACAUGAAGACAGUGGUUUCUGUUGAGAUUUCUGAAGUGAACAGGAGGAUUUUCAGAGGUUGGUGGAAUCAGAAUCAAACGGGUGGCAGUCUGAUUGAGAUUCCAGACGUGGAGACUCUCACUAAUGAUUCAAUCGAGUCAUUAACUAGAAGAUUGGGUGGUUUUGACUUGAUAAUUGGAGGCAGCCCAUGCAACAAUCUUACUGGCAGCAACCGUCACCACCGUGAUGGUUUACAGGGCGAGCAAUCUGCUCUGUUCUACGAGUACUCGAGAAUACUGAAUGUUGUCAAGUCCGUUAUGGCGAGGAUGUAGCCUAUCAGCCUAUCCGUUGUAGUGGCUGUUUGUUCAUUUAGUGUUUAUCUCUAAGAAACUGAAUGUUCAAGUUUAAACAGAGCUGAUGUGGAGGAGGUUUAUCUGGGAGUCACAUUUAGCAUCUGAUUUAUUAUUGCUAACUAAUUUACAACCUGUUCUUUUUUAUUGAAAGAAAAUCUACAGUGGCCCCCCUUAAACUCUUACCGGAGUCCAAUUUCAAUUGUCAACUGUUUACUUGACAUCGCCAACUGAAAAAAAGGUACUACUGAAUCAACAGCGUGUGUGAGUUUGGGAUGAUGAAUGCCUACAUAAAGAUGCGAUCUGAUUGUUUAAGUGAUGACAGAUGGCUGUAUUUCUCCAAUAUUUUAUAAUGAUGAUAUACUUGCAUUGUUACUCUUGCUAUGUAAAUGUGCAGUUCUGUAUGUAGGUUACCAAUGACAACAUUUUGGGGUUCUUGGUGUGUAGCCUAUGAGCUCCAUCAUUACCUUGGCUUCUUUGAAGUAUCUUUAAAUGGAUUUCGUUUUCAGCUGAGUUCUAUUAACUUAAAUUUGGGUAGUUUUGACAUGUUGAACCCUGUUCUAUUUUUUCCUUUCCAUAGUUCCUGUUGACUGAAAAUAGAGGUAAAAUCAUGAGAAGCUAGCAAAGGUAGCUAUUCUAGGAUGCAUCACUGCUUGUUGUGUCUUCCAGUCUCUGUUUGCUAGCUAUUUGUAAAGCAAACUUGUGUUGUGGCCUUUGCUGUUUAUAUUUAUGUACACAUGGAAGUGAGAACUGUUUAUAUUUCUGUACACAUAGAAUGCGUUGUACCCUUAUUUAUUUUUACUUCAAUUCCAGAAUUUUCAGCAUUUAUCUCAUGAGGCAAAGGAAAAACUGUAAUUUUGUCAGACGUAUUUGUCUCGUUCUUCAAGGAAGUUGUCGGGCAAUUUAAGACUGGAAUUUGGUGUUUCACUUGCAAUGCAAAAGAACUGAUACGUUCACACAGAUAUAAGAUAGUCUACAGUGGAGUGCAAACCAAGCUGUUACAGUUGCAGAAUUAGUAUCUGGUCCCUACUGCAAUGCAAACAUGGCCGAUGCGCUUUCAGAAAUAGCUUGUUCUGUUCUUUUUCUUGCUAGAUUAUUUUGAUUUGCAUGUUAAGUUGCCAAUAUAGUUUUCCUAGCUGGCUUCUGGCCUGGCAUCUGGACCUGUUCGGACGGGCUCUGGCAUAUCUACGCUGACAACUUCUGUGGUCUGCUGUAUGAUAACUGUGGCCUCUCAACUCUCGCUGAAGCUUCAUUCAUUUUCAGUUACAUGUAGAUGUCUUUUGCAGCUGGAAGCUGAGAUUUCUGUAGAGUGUAAUGGAAUCAUAUUCUUGUGACAAUAGUAACAUGCCGUCGCUGGUUGCUCGUGGACUGAUUAUUCUGAUUAUUCCUUUGCUGGUGUAUUUAUGUUCUUUAGAGGCUUUGGUGAUCCAGAUGAAGAUGUGAAACUCAGGGCAUUCGCGGCGAUAUUAAGCCGUCUGUCCGGAGGCGGACUAAGAAGGGAGGGAGCUGCUGAGGCAGACUAAGAAGAGAGGGAGCUGCU